AUGCUACCCUCGUCGUGUGCGCUUCUCAGCCUCAUCCUAAUUGUCGCAGUUCAAUGGCCGUGUUUGACUCCGCUGUCCGGGCUUGCGAUCGCAGCAAAAACCGGUUCCACCGCAGUCUUACUGCUCGGUGUUCCGUUGCUCACUAGCACACUAGCCAGUUCCGCGCAAUCGGAUCAGGUCCGUUUUGUCCGGAACAAAUGGUGCCCAUGGAGUACCUGGAGUCGAUGUUCUCCGGAACCGUGUAUUGCCGGUAUUCAGUCGCCCACGCACGGACUGCUCUACAUCCGGACGGACGAUCUGGAUGACUCGAAUCCGAAAAACAAGCGUAGCGUAGAUGUGAUUCCCGAUGCACGUAUUCUGACCGGUGAAGACUCGGCCAACUAUUGUGUGGUGAAACCCGGUCCCCUGACUAAUCGAAAUGUCUAUCCGCUCCUGGUUCAGACCACCAUUGAUGGGGUGAUCAAACGUCGCGAGCCGGCCAAACAACGUGUUCGCCGAUGCAAUUGCCGUUCCAUUUCGUUGUGGCAAAUUUUUGGAAUCCAAAAAGCUGAUGAUUGUUUGGGUGAGUUUGGUGUUUUCAACGCAUAUCGUACGCGUGCACGCAACUGGACCAAAAGGUCCAGAACCUCGUGA